CACCAUCUAACCUCAGAAAGGACUGCUUCCCUUUUCCCCCAAAAAACACUGCUCAAUAAAAAACUGCUCUAGCUCUUCAUCAAUGGCAGGAAAUCCUCCCGCACCACAACAAAGCAGCAGCAGCAGCACGAGCACCGUCAGGACCACAAAGCCCGCUGGCCGCCGCUUCGUGGGAGUGAGGCAGAGGCCGUCGGGGAGAUGGGUAGCAGAGAUCAAGGACUCCUCCCAGCGCGUCAGGCUGUGGCUUGGAACCUACGAUACCCCUGAAGAAGCCGCCAGAGCUUACGACGAAGCGGCCCGCGCCCUCCGCGGCGAGAGCGCACGCACCAAUUUCGCUUCCUCUGCCUCUGCCUCCCAUCAUCAUCGUCGUCCCAAUUGUGUUGGUGCUGCUGAUGGCUCCCCCGCCGUGAUCCCGAAUCCGGAGUCCCCUCCGGUCGACGGCCGGCUGAGCGCCAGCAAUUUCUCGUCGUUGAAGGCGAAAUUGAGCAAGAAUUUGCAGAGCAUCAUGGCGAGGACCAACGAGAGCAAGUCCACCAAGAACAGAGUGAGCGACCAGUUCACCUUCGCCAGCAUAUUCCAAUUGCGCGGCGGAGGAGACCAAUUCUUCCACCAGCGGAGCCAGAGCCAGAGCAUUGAGAAAUCGGUGCAGCCGAGCAUCGUUGUGCUUUCUUCUUCUUCUUCUCCUUCUCCUUCUCCUUGUGCUUCAGGAGAUCCGUUUUUGGAGCCGAAUUGCUUGUCCAAUUCCUGGGAAACCUCCACCAGCGUGUCGGAUUGCAGCAACGAGUGCGGCGGCGUCGGGUUCCGGCAACAGGGGAUGGAUAUUUCGUCGGACGGAUCGGAAGUUCUUUCGUCGUCGGAGAAUCAGAUGGUGGGUCGUUGGAAUUGGAUUGAUAGCAACUUUAUGUGCUCCGAGGAGGAGGGAUCAAGGGGUAAGAGGUUUAAGGUCUCGUCCACUGUUAUGAUCCCUCCUUCUUCAUUCGCCGGCUCGCCGUCCUUCGACCCGUCGGCGUAUCUCGGCGACGGUGAGAUUUGAAAAGCAUCAGCGGGUCAGGAAUCUGAAUUAUACUUUGUUGAGGGUGAGCAUCAGGAAGCGAGCCAGGCAAUAGAUUAGUGUUUACGGUCUUAAAAUUUUUAUUAUAUUAUUAUAGAGUUUACGGUCUAAAUUUGGCUAAAUAAUAUGGUCUUUUCAAAAUAUUGGCUAAAUAAUAUGUUUGUAAUUUAGUUAAUCAACUUUUUAUAUUUGUCACUACUUUUUUUUUAUUGCUAAGCGAUAUGGAUGGCUAUACGGUCCGGUCAGGUUAAAUUGGUCCAAAUUCAUCCGGUCAAGUCCGGUCUUUUUGAAAAUAUAAGGACCAAAGAUUGGAUUGGAUACAAUCCGGUUUUGAUUCGGUUCGGUCUUGACCCGGUCCGGUCCCAACUCGGUUUUGAUUUUAUAUUGAGCUUGUGGGGAUUUGAGUGGCCUAAGGCCUGAAAGGGUGAGGAGUUGGUUAAGUUUUGAACUAAGUGCAAAGGUUUGUGACCGUUUAUGCAAAUUACCCUUAAGUUUUUGGUGUUGAGUUCUCUUAUCCGGUCUUUAUCCAGUUUUCGAUCUGGUCUCGAACGGUUUUUUUACAUCAAAUCUAAGCCCAAUGAUUGGAUUGGAUUGUUUACUAUCCAGUCGCGGUCGGGUCUCGGUCCAGGUUAUACAGUCCGGUUUCGGGUAAAACCAAAAAACCCGAACCAAAUAGUUACCCUACUCAGCGAUCACUACUUUUGAUUUGCAUUUACUAAUUACGUUUUUGCACAUUGAUAAAGUACAUGAGAGAUCCACGGUUCAUAAGUAGGAAACCGACCUUAACUACAAGACGCGUUUUGGGGUGAAAUAGAGGAGUUCUUGUCAGAACUCUGAAGUUAAAUAUGCUCAGUGUAGAGUACAACAAGGAUGAGUGAUCUUAUGAGAAGUUACCUUGAAUUGCACAUCCCAAAUCGAAAAACUGUGAGGGUCGAGUACCAAAGCGGACAAUAUCUUCGUCGAGAACAUUGAAGAGCCGAGUCAGAUUGAAAAGCUGAACAUCAAUAGAGAACCAAAUCUGCAAGCCCUGAAGACCACCAUGACAAGCGCAGAACCUAAUGAGGAGUUUCGACAUCGAAAGCAGUUAUAUGCCAUAUAGUUCUACCAUGUUGAUGAUAGGAAGAAGGUUCUUUAUGGCGAUCAUGACAUUUCAACCACCAUCCAUUUGUAUAUCAAGUGAUAGACCGAGGUAAGGAACCAGAUGAGAUGGGCUUCAAUGAAGUAGAGAUCUGUGUAUCUAUGAAGAAGCUGCCAAGAUAUAUGAGGACUGCGGCGAUGACAAAGAAGAUUGGUAACCUAAUUGGAGUAUUCAUAAUCUAUAAUGCUUGCUUAUAGCUCUAGGGUUUGGAGUACAUCAUUCCAUAAGCUCUAAACAAACCAGCUUACGAACUUUGUUGGAAGUUGCAAUUGUUAAAUAGAUGUAUUGUUGUAAACGCAUAUAUAAUAUUAUAAAUAUAUUGUCGAAUUUGAU